AGAUUUCCCAGUCAGAGAGAAUCUGCAUACGCAUACAACUCAAUUUUGAUAAAAUGAUGAAGAAUCGCUGUACAUCUCUACACAUGCAACAGGUGUUCCUUGGAUCCAACCUUUCAACUCUCAAGUGAUUAGUAAAACCCUACUUGGAGACGGUAAAUCAUCUUCACUGUUAUUUACAUCGAGCAUACACGAAUGCUACAAACAUGUGCGAACUACAUCUUUACCGGUGCCCAGGGUGCGGGUUGAGGUGGCAGAAACGCAAGAGACUAGCGAGUUGCGAGGGCAGCGAUCAAACCUUCAAGUGCCCAGAAAGUCUCUGCAUGUACGUUGGAAACCCGAAGAGGCCCAGACGAGGGGAGUGCGAGAAAUGCAACAGUGUGAGAGAGGCUAUUGAGGGGUUUGGGGAAGGCUUGUAUUUUGUAUGAGACUCAUAUAUCAAGUGUUAAGCACAACAUGACAGCCAGCACAGUGAUAGUCAAGUCCUUAUAACAUUUGAUAACAUGAAGUGGAUUGCUGGCUAGACACUGACCAGUCAUCAUGGGUACCAAGGGCAUGUAUUCCACCCUUGAGCCACUCUUUCCAUACAGCCCCUAGCUGUCAUCUGUAAACCUUCGAUAGAGACCGAGGACACGAAGGUGGUAUGGUGGGAAUGCACCCACAUGUACCCUCGAAUGCAGAACGAUGUGUACCAGGCCCUGUGCCAGAAGCGUACACGAAAUGUCCGUGAUGUCUGGUUGUAAGCUCGUUCGGCCCGCUGUAAGUCCUGCGC